GAUGAGGGGUUAAAAGUAGGGUUUUGCCCACACAAGCAGGGGUAUCACGAUGUCAGUAAAAUUACCAAUUGGCGGCCCAAAAUGGUUGGGCUGCAGUCCGACAAUUGCACUUGAAGCCCAGUACUGGACUUACCAGAUCCUACCAAGCUACCCCGCGUUUUCAGAGAGACGAGAGGAAGCAAGCUUGAAGCAAAGGGGAAAGGAAGGAGAAAAGAAGGAAAGAGGAGGCCGGUUGAGAGGGCAGCAAGGAAGCAGAAAUGAUGGAGGCACAGAAGAGGAGGUCGAUGAUCUGGCUGUUGCUCAUUUGAAUUGGAGGAAAUUGGAGGAAAUUGGUGGCCAUGUGCAAGCCUCAGCUUCUAGGGAGCAAAUAUGUAACACCUUUGGUGCCCUGAAGAAUUGUGUUCCUGAAAUGAUUGCUUUUGGAGGCAAUUCACUCUGCUGGCUAAGUGGCUAUUUUGUUGCCUUUGCAAAUCCCCUUCUAGCUCCAGAAUCCGCUAUAAGCAGAUUGAAUAGUACAAUUCUGGUGGAAUUUAUUGCUGAUGUUAUUGCAUUUGAAGUUUUAAACUUCCUGGUGGUUAGGCAAAAGAAGAACGAAGCUAUGGCUUUGAAUGUCCGCCAGGCUCAGAGCUCAGGUUUUGUACCAAAGACUUUUGAUGUAGCAGCCAAGGAGCUUAUUGCAGUUGCAACACUAGGAGAAGUUGUCACUAGUCAUUCUCAUGCAGCUUUUCUCUUAGCUUUUUACUUAAUAAUGCCCUUCAUUCUUUGCUCCCUGCAGUUGACCGAAACAACUAGAUGCAUUCUGCAGAUUGUUGCCUCAGAGGAUAUUGGUAGACAAGUUUUGACAUAUGGGAAAAGGAAGCCUGUGGAACAUUUCUUAAAUGCCGUUCAACAAAUGGUUACCUCAGAGGAUAUUGGUAGACAAGUUUUGACAUAUGGCGAAAGGAAACCUGUGGAACAUUUCUUGAAGGCCUUUGAAGAAGUCACACUGAAAGAUAUUUCUACAGUAGCCCAAAAGCUUCUAUCAUCCCCUCUCCCAAUGGCAUCAUAUGGAAAAGUUAUUAAUGUCCCAAGCCACGAUUCAGUUAGCAGCAAGUUCAAAUUGAAGUAAACGAGAUUGCUUUCCUGUAUCAAAGUGGGCAGUUGUCUGAACUGUUGUUUGUAAUUUUGUGCAUCUGCAAUCCUUGGAGCAAUUUCACAGCAAGAUGAAGUUGUUGAAAAUGAAUCUAGACGUUGGCUUAUUUAACAAUAAAUAGUUUAUCCCAAGCAAGCAGCAUGAGUUGAACUGGUUUGUUAUAGGGAUGCACUCGUGGACUAUUUUAUAUUCUUUGAACUCCAAUUUUACCAAUUCCGGUUAAUAAUGGUGUUCCCCUAAUUUGGUGAAAGAAACAAAAGUAAAAUUAGAUAAACCGAACUUCAUCAGUAGUGUCAUACCCAAAGUCCCUACUGCAGCAUCUCUUUUACUUCUUGAACAUAUCAAAGUUGGUCGGCAGCUACCCUUCUGCAGGGCAUAGAAGUGCUUUUUAAU